CUUUAGCUCUUCUCUGCUUCUUCUGGCUGCUGUCACAUUACAAUUUUGGAGGAUUCCUCAAGGAAACUAAAGUUAUAUUGGAAGUGGAGUCUAUUCGAGCUGAUCAGUGAUGUACAGAUUCGACCAAAUGGCAAAUACACGUGUAGAGCCUGGUCUGAGGAUUGUUCUUCUGGGCAAAACUGGAUCUGGAAAAAGUGCGACAGGAAACACAAUCCUGGGACGAAAGGCUUUUGAAGUGGGUGAAUCAAUGAUAUCAAAGAGUAAACUGUGUGAGAAAGAGGAAGCAGUAGUUGGUGGAAGACGGUCCGUCUCUAUAGUCGACACUCCAGGACUGUUUAACACAGAUGUGCCCAAACAGCAGCUGAAAGCUGAAUUACAGAAGUGUGUGCAUCUGUGUGCUCCUGGUCCUCAUGUGUUUCUGCUGGUGCUCAAACUGGGCGUGAGAUUCACACAAGAGGAGAGAGAGACGGUCAAAUGGAUUCAGGAGAACUUCGGGAAACAAGCUUUGUCUCGUAUGAUCAUUGUGUUCACUCACGCUGACCAGCUGAAGGGAAAAACUGUAAAAGAGUACAUCAGCCAAAGCAGAGAUUUACAGAACGUUAUUAAAAUAUGUGAUGGUAGAUAUCACUCAUUCAACAACCAGGAGAAAAAGAAUCAAAGUAAAGUCACAGAACUGCUGAAGAAGAUCGAUGAGGUGCUGGAGGAGAAUGAUAAGAGACAUUACACUACUGACAUGUUUCGUACAGCUCAGAGAAAUAUCAAGCAGAAACCGAGAAUGAAAGACAUUUCUGCUUAUCUGUUUGCAGUAGCACUGCUUAUUGGUAUGAUUUAUAUAUUAUAUUCACUGCUGCAAAACUCUCAGUCACAGAAGCAGGAGGGAUUUCCAUUGCAGGACAAAGAAAUGAUGCCGACACAACAGUGUGAGAAUGAGCAGUUACACAGCUGCCAUCAUGUGAUAGAUGAGGUUAAAGCUAUAAAAGAAGAAGAAUCUGGAGGAGAAGAUGACCUUAAAACUAAAGAAGAAGAAGAAUCUGGAGGAAAAGACGACCUUAAAACUAAAGAAGAAGAAGAAUCUGGAGGAAAAGACGACCUUAAAACUAAAGAAGAAGAAUCUGGAGGAGAAGACGACCUUAAAACUAAAGAAGAAGAAGAAUCUGGAGGAAAAGACGACCUUAAAACUAAAGAAGAAGAAGCUGGAGGAGAAGACGACCUUCAAACUGGAAAAGAAGAAGAAUCUGGAGGAAAAGAGGACCUUAAAACUGGAAAAGAAGAAGAAUCUGGAGGAAAAGACGACCUUAAAACUGGAAAAGAAGAAGAAUCUGGAGGAAAAGACGACCUUAAAACUGAAGAAGAAUCUGGAGGAAAAGACGACCUUAAAGCUAGAGAAGAAUCGCUGUUGGAGAAGAUGAUGUCACAGCUGCUGGAGGAGAUGAUGUCACAGAUGAAGAAGGAGAUGAUGUCACAGAUGAAUGAAGAGAUGAUGUCACAGAUUAAGAAGAAGAAGAUGUCACAGAUGAAGGAGAAAAUGGUGUCAGAGCUGCUGGAGAAAAUGAUGUCACAGCUGCAGGAGAUGAUGUCACAGAAUCAGGAGGAGAUGGUGUUACAGCUGAAGGAGAAGAUGAUGUCACAGCUGAAGGAGAAGUACAUGCUACAGGUGCUGGAGGAGAUUAAGUCACAGAUGAAGGAGAUGAUGGCACAGAAAAAGGAGGAGUCGAUGUCACAGAUGAAGGAGAUAACAGGCUUGUUUGAGAUGAGCAAAAUCUGAGCAGAAUCGACCGUUGCAUGCUGGUUAGAAAUGUGUUUGACUUGCGUCCUCCCUGCUCUGAUGUCCUGCUGGCGUGUGUUGACAAACCCCUGUGACGGAGAUGCGGAUUCGUCUGAUUAAGCAGUCAGGAGCAGAAGCUCUCCAAAAGCAUGAUGGG